UGAUUGUUGGAGGAGGAGGUGGGAGGAUGAUCAGAGUCAUCAUUACAUAUGUGAUUAAUGAUCACACGAUCUGAUCGCACCAGCUGCUGCAGCCAGUCACCAGGAGUGCUCAGUCUAUCUGGCGAACCUCUGGAAGGAGACGCUACUACAGCCCAGCACUUAAGCUUGAGUUAAUGAAUGCUGUCAUCUAGUGCACAGGAACACUCUGCAACGACAGCAAGAAAUGGAUAUAACUGGUCCAAGAGCACCUCCUCCUCCUUCCCCGGCACCUCUAGACCUGGGUGAUGUUACACUUCAGCUCGGUCCCGGAGACAAUGAAGGGGCUGCAUACGAUAACUUUUUCUCGAAGGAGCCUCCCGUCAUUCCAGCUGGUGUGACCGAGGACACUCGUGCUAGUACUGCCUACAGUGCAGCCACCAGUGGUGCAAUCACUCCAGGCACUGCCUUCCCUGCUUAUGAUACCAGAUUUUCUCUCGCCUCUACCCUGAGCUUAAUCAACGACUGCAGCAUACCCACAGGUGUGGACGGGAGGAGGGUUGUGGUCGUGAUGGGAAGUGGAGACUUCGCGUGUGCUCUCACUGCUCGACUCUCAGAGGCCAACUAUAAUGUGAUAGUAGCCAGCCGAGAUCCUCAGAGCAGAAGACAGCGGGUGAUAGCAGCAGGAGGUACCAUUAUGACAUACGCUGAGGCUCUGCAGAAAAGCAACCUGGUUGUGAUUGCCAUCCCUUUCCAACACGUCAGUUCCCUUCCCCUCGACACACUCAGCAACAAGAUCCUCGUCGAUGUCAGCAACAGAGACCCGAAAAAAUACGACCCUGCAGACCGGAGCCAGGCGGAACACCUUCAGAAUCUGGUGCCUUCAGCAAGAGUGGUCAAGGCCUUCAAUGUUCUCUCAGCUUACACUCUGGCCAGGGGCACUAGAGGGAGUAAGGAGGUGCCCGUGUGUAGUGACGAUGCUCUGGCUCGGGCGGUGGUGUGUGACGUGGUGAGAAGCCUCGAUCUGGUCCCCGUCGACAGAGGUCCACUCAGGAACGCGAGGCUACUUGAAGGAAUACCAUUGACUUUCUUUCCUGAAUGGAAGUUUGCUCUCAUAAUUUCCCUCAUCAUUUGGAUCAUCGCAUUUGCCAUUACGUUUUUUAAGUGGCAGUUGUGCGACUACUUCAGGAUCGCUCAAGAAACAAACGGUUCCUUUAACUGGAGGAGCUUCGACGGAAUUGCCAAAAAUGACGUAUCAGUUUCAUGUGCAUGA